ACCAUUCAUUGAUGGACGCACAAACAAACUAGACCAGACACGUGGGGUCCACACUUUCCUUACCUUCUUCUCCUUCUCUUCAACUUCACACUAUUCAUUCUUCUCACCUAACCAUUUAUUACUACUCUCUCUACACCCUUCAAAUUCAUCCACCCUUUUCUUUCUCUUCUUCUUCUUCUUCUUCUUCAAAUUCUUCAAAAAAAUCAUAUUUUUUCACUACCCAGUUGAUUUAUUGGGUCAUGUCUACUGUGUCUAAAGAUGAAAACUUGACACUUUCUUCUGAGGAUUCUUCUAGCCCAGAUGAGUCUGAGCUUGAAUUGGGUCUUGGGUUAAGCCUUUCUCACCCUGCAAAAUCACAUAACUACCAUCAUCAUGGUUCUUAUGCUAGAAUUUUCACUGCUAAGGAUUUUUCUUCUUCUUCACCUUCCUCUGCUGGAACUAAAAGACCUGCUGAUUCUCUUGAUGCUACCAACCGUCCAAGUCAAGUAGUUGGAUGGCCACCCCUUCGAUCAUAUCGAGUGAAUAGCUUUAAUGCCAACGCUAAAUCAACUGAAGCAUUCAACUCUGUGGCCGAGAAGAGCAAGAAUAAUAAUAUUGUGGUAAGGAAGAGUACUGACAACGGAAAUGAUGAUAACCACAUUAAUAUCAAAGAAAAAAGAAACCUCAGGAAAUCCCCGUUUGUCAAAGUAAAUAUGGAUGGGAUACCUAUUGGAAGAAAGGUUGAUUUGAGUGCUCACAGUUCCUAUGAAACAUUGGCGCAGACAUUGGAGGACAUGUUUGACGAAUCAACUACAAGCGUCACUAGCAAAGGAUCAAAUGGGGAGGAUCACAACAUGACUACCAGAGGAGAAAGACAUUCAAUAUUGUUGGAUGGAUCGUCCAAGUUUGUACUCACUUAUGAAGACAAGGAAGGAGAUUGGAUGCUUGUUGGAGAUGUUCCGUGGGGGAUGUUCCUUAGUUCUGUGAGGAGGCUAAGAAUCAUGAGGACAUCCGAGGCUAAUGGACUAGCACCAAGAUUGGAAGAAAAGAACAGCAGACAGAAAAGCAAGCCCAUAUAAAUAUUGUUUUCAUGGCCAAGGAUAAGAGGAACGUACUUAUCCCCCUUAUAUGUAACACAAAUAGAAGGAAGAAAAAAGUAAUGAAGUACAGCAAGUAAAUGGAUUUUGACUUUUGAGAUUCAAAUGAUAAAAUCGUUUUUUCUUUUUUUGGUUUUCCUGAUUUGGUUUUUGGUUGUUUAACUUGGUAUUUCCGUCACUGCCAAUAUACAUCAUCACUUUAGAUGAUGCAGGCUUCAUAAAUUUUCAUGUAAUACUACUAACUAAUCAUACAAGUUAGUCUCUAUUUCUUAAUGCUGUAAAUGUGAGGUGCUUGCUAACUUCCUCAGCCAUCUAGUUUUAAUUGAACUUACUUUUUCUGAUGUUGUAAUUCAAAGUUUCCUUUGACAGAACACUUAUUUUCAGUAGGAUCAAUUUGGU